ACUAAGCCCCGCCCGCCGUGGCGAGCAUGUUCGUGCAUCCAGCCAUCCACCCAGGAUCAUCCGAGGAAAAGGAAGAAAAUCACAGGCUGUCAGAAAAGUUUUCCUGCGGGGAGAGGAUCGGGCAGAGGAUCGAGCUCUCAGGAUUAUUAAAUAUCACAAUAAACUGUAUUCAUAAUGGACGCGCUGAAAUCCGCCGGGCGCGCGAUCAUUCGCAGUCCCAGUCUGGCUAAACAGUCUUGGACCUCUGGAAAACAUAAAAAGUUGCCAGAGAACUGGACAGACACGCGGGAGACGCUGCUGGAGGGGAUGGUCUUUCAGCUGAAGUAUCUGGGCAUGACGCUGGUGGAGGAACCCAAAGGAGAAGAGCUCUCAGCCGCUGCUGUCAAGAGAAUCGUUGCCACAGCUAAAGCUGGUGGGAAGAAGCUUCAGAAGGUGACGCUGAAGGUUUCUCCUCGAGGGAUUAUUCUCUACGACAGUGCAUCGAACCAGCUAAUAGAGAAUGUGUCCAUAUACAGGAUAUCAUACUGCACGGCUGAUAAGAUGCAUGAUAAAGUGUUUGCCUACAUCGCUCAAAGUCAGCGCAACGAAACGCUGGAGUGUCACGCGUACCUCUGCACCAAGAGGAAAGUGGCUCAGGCGGUGACGUUAACGGUGGCUCAGGCUUUCCGUGUGGCGUUUGAGUUUUGGCAGGCUGCUAAAGAAGAGAAAGAGAAGCAGGUGAAGUGUGGAUCUGAUGGAGAGGCGGCCAGCAGCUCUCAGUCUGAGAGUUCAGCCAGUCUGGGCAGCACGAAAGGAGGAGAGGUGGCCACUGGGGAUCUACUGGACCUUGAAAUUGGAGUAAAAGAUCACUCAGGAAAAGACACCACACACCCAGCACAGAACCUCAGCACAGAGAACAACAACACUGUCUGGGAACUUGAGGAUGGUCUAGAUGAGGCUUUCUCAAGACUCGCUGAGUCUCGCACUAACCCCCAGAUGCUGGACAUUGGGGUAAACCCUCAGGACUACAACCCUGAAGAGUGCUUGUCGCCUAGCAACUGGGACAAAGCCGAUGCUGAGGCUGCCGACGCCGAGGACGCAUUCGGAUUCUGAUCGGCGGUUCGCGGAGGAACGAUCUGACCUCUGGCGGCUGUAGCUGAUUCCUCGGCCGGCUUUGAGAUGACAUGCAUUUCGGCAAACCCAAUGAGAUGACUUCAACAAAAGCACAGACCAAAGCAAUACUUUUUUCCCCUUUUUAUGACCCCCCCCCCCCCAAAUAUAUUGACAUUUAAAGUUUUCUGUUACUUCCCAUAAGUUGCUUUUUUUUUUGUAUUUGUAUGAAUAUAAAAUGUAUGUGUACAACAAUAACUGUAUAAUAUUUGCUCAGUUAUUAUUAUUAUUAAUGGGUUUAAUUGCUGAGGCUAGCUUUGCAAUUCUAUGCAGUCGAAUUUCUGAAUAUAUAGUCUCGGGGUAAUGCUUACUAAAUGACAUGAUGUUUGAAGUUUGUGUGGAGUUGGAGUGUGUUUUUUAAGCGCUGAAGUGGUGAAGGUGUUGUAUAUGUGAGUUGUCUGCCCUCCGAUGUAUGAAAACGAAAGGAUAAGCAGACAUGAAGCAUACAAUAUUGGACAAAAAAGAGAAGGCAGGGUAUUUAAAUGAGACAAUCUUAUUUUUUUUCUAUUAAAAUGUAUUUUUGCA